ACUCGUGUGUGUUCUCAUCCAUGCGAAGCUGAAUUUGCUGUGCUUGUAAUCUACUCUCGAUAUUUGAGACGGCGCACGUGGUUGUUGAACGCUGCUGAUGGAUGCUACGGAGUUUUCGAAUGAGAAGAAAGUGAUGCAUUGGCUCAGUGGAGAGCAGAAUGCGGAGACAUCUCUGCUUUCCCUGCCAACGGAAAUUUUGGAACAUAUCUUGUGUUUCCUGAGCGUAGAAGAUCUUGCUUCUGUGUCACAAGUGAGCAAGAGGCUUAAUGAUGUCCAUACUUCAGAGAAAGUAUGGAGAUUUGGAUUUAAGUCCAGGUACCCGCGCUUGUUGCAGCCCUCGUGCCGACCUGCCCUGCUGCGCGUGUUUGAGCGGUGCGGCCGCAGCUGGCGGCGUACUGCGAGGUUCCGCGCCUCGGCUGGCCACCACCUGCGCACGGCUCUAGCCAAGAUGGCCGACAGAUGCUACUCAGUCGACUACCUGCCGGACCCCGCUAUGGAGGAGUUCCGCAAGCUGGUGCCCGUCCAUGGUACCCUGUUUUAUCGGGAUGCGCUACUGGAGGUCAUCUAUCCCCGCCAACACUGCCCGGAUGAUGACCUGUCUCUGCGCUACUAUGCGCGGAUGCUGUUCCGCGAGAUCCAGCGAGACGUCGUGCUGCUGCCCAUGUUCCGGGAGUACAUGCAGCGCCCAGCGCAGCAUGUGAACGUGCCCGAAGCCUUUUAUCUGAUGAGCCUCUGGAUGGUCCCGGAGCAAACCAACAACCGAGAGUCCAGUCUUAAGACCUGCUACAUCAAGAUCGCCGGCCUGGUUUUGGACGAGCUGCGUCGGAAGCUCCCGGAACAUCCGGCCGCCGCCUGGGAUACGUGCAAAAAGAACCCGUUCGGACCUACGCUGUGGACGGAUGACCAGACACUGAUGCUCCUGGACGUGCUGAACAUCGUGCUGUAUGAUCAGCUUGCCCUGAUGAAGGAUGGAGAGCCGGAGGACGCACCGGCUGCCGGGCUGAGCACACUGGUGCUCUACCUUCGUCGCCACCUCCACUGUGCCGGCUCCGGGACGCAGACUGUAAUGGGGACGGUCUACUCCUCGGUAGCUGGCAUGCUGGGUGUCAACCUCCACAACGUGCAGUUCCCGCAUAGCUCGAUGAUCUGCUGGCACCAAACGGACAGUGAAGAGUACCUGUUCAUCGACGUUGUCCGUCGCGGCAUGCAGCUAUCCAGAGAGCAGGUGUUGGAGGAGUUGAAUGCUGUACAUCCGGACAUGGACCUUCAGAUGCUGGAACCCUUUCCCAGAGCAGGGCUGCUGGGCCGCCUGAUCAAUGGCGCCACCCAUCCGGAUGGCCGCCGGCCAGGAACUGGCUUCGACCUGGCCUCGUUUGAGACACUGGCCUGCUGGGCUCGCAGCGACUGCCGCCUGGACAUGGCUGCGCUCGACGACCUGAUGUCCGCCCUGGCUCGUACCAGACCCAUGUACACACGCCGCCUGCUGCAGCAAUUCGUCCAGGCUAACGGCAUGUUACUGGCGGAGAACGAGAGGCGUGGCUUGGAAGUACUCAUGAAGCACUUCAAGAGGAUGUACAAACGGCUGGCGCGCUCCCUGGAUGAACAAGAGGCCAAAGUCCAGGAACUGGUGAGCCUCCGCGCGGCGGACCGAGUAGCGGGCGACUAUCCGAGGCAGUUCGGCGUCGGUGACGUCGUCACGUACGGCGACGAGCGCCUGGCAGUGGUGUACGGGUGCUCACCAUACUACGAGGCCUCACAGGACUGGAUAGCACACAGUCGCGUCUGCUCCGGACUUCAGCGGGGAGAAAAGCAACCUUUCUACAACUUGCUGAUGGAGGGUGACCGUUUCGGAUACAUGGCUGAAGAGGAGCUGCAACUGGCCCCAGAUCCUCAGCCUAUCGAUCAUCAGGAGGUGGGACGCUUCUUCACCCGAUUCGACGGGGAGCGGUACGAGCCGAUCGCUCCGCUGGCCAUUCUCUUCCCGGAGCCUUGGAGUGAGCAUGAGACAAAAACGAGCUUCGUCAAGUCUCGGAUAGAUGGCAGCGACAGCGACUGGGAAGACGACGUCGAGGAUGCAGAGGAAGAAUGGAGACCGGCACCUCCUACAGUGUGGAUGGGCGUUUGGCCAGAGAUCCUUCCCGAGGACUCAGAUGAUGAGGAGGACACUGAUGGUGUUGCCGUGGCCGGUGACGGUGGCCCGGUGGGCCACUGAUGGGUGCGUUGUGGCUGUGCGUAAAGUCACAGGGGUGUUCUGAAUAGCUCAGUUGCCUCAGUUACUCUGUAUGGCUGUACAUAUGUGUAUAUUCUUGUGCAGGUGUUUUGUUUGCAUCUAAUCAGUGGCAUUUCUCCGUGAUUUCUCACGCUGUAUUGACGCCGUCUAUCCUGGGCAGUCGGUACUCGCAGACAUAGCUUCAUGGUGCUUUUUCUCAGGUCCCUUCAUUUGCAGGUGAUAAUUUUCUGUGUCAUCGGUUGUUUACGUGAUGCCAGCUUGAGAAAUAUGUGCAUGUGCCACCUGUAUGUUUGUUUGUAUCAUAUGAGUGACAUGUGACGAGUGAUUUCGUACCUGGCAUGCAGUUGUGGCUGUGCGAAAGCUCCGUGUUAUUUAGCAACUUGUUAAUGCAUUAAAAUGUGUCCAUUGCUAUGUUCAUUGCUAUGCUCAGGCAUUGAAAUGUGUUCAUUGCUGGGUCAUCAUGGGCUAUUGCUUACAUACCUGUGAUGUUUUCAAGUUUUGUGCCUUCACUCACGCCGAUAAUUAUCUCGUGUUUGUCUACAUGUAUCGGCGGUAGGUAGGCACUCAAUGGUUGCGGAUGUAGCGUCAUGAUCCUGUUUCUCAGGCCCCUACAUUUGUAUGUACAGUUUUGUGCCUUCAUUCACGCCGAUAAUUAUCUCCUGUUUAUCUACAUGUAUCGGCGGUAGGUAGGCACUCAAUGGUUGCGGAUGUAGCGUCAUGAUCCCGUUUCUCAGGCCCCUACAUUUGUAUGUGAUAAUUUUCUGUGCCAUCGGUUUUGUAUGUGAUGCCAGCUUUAGAAGUGUGCGCAUGUGUCAUGUGUGCAUUUAUCUGUGUGAUAUGAGUGAUAUGUUACAAGUGAUUUGAUCCUUGGCUGUGGGAAAGCUCAUCAGUGAUGUGUAGUCAAUUGCUCAGGCGUUGAAAUGUGUUCAUUGCUGUGCCUUAGGUCAUCAUGGACUAUUGCAUAGCUGUGAUAUGUUCGCAAGUCUUGUGCCUUCAUUUUCGCGAGAAUUGUA